UCGAGAGCCGUCAGCCUGCCAUGAGCGUCGAGAGCCGUCAGCCUGCCAUGAGCGUCGAGAGCCGUCAGUCUGCCAUGAGCGUCGAGAGCCGUCAGCCUGCCAUGAGCGUAGAGAGCCGUCAGCCUGCCAUGAGCGUCGAGAGCCGUCAGCCUGCAUGGACCUGCCAGAGCCGUCCAGCCAGGACCUGCCAGAGCCGUCCAAACAGGACCUGCCAGAGUCCUUCAGCCGGGAUCUGCCCCUUGUCCCGGUGUUGCCCCUUGUCCCGGUGCUGCCCCUUGUCCCGGUGCUGCCCCUUGUCCCGGUGCUGCCCCUUGUCCCGGUGCUGCCCCUUGUCCCGGUGCUGCCCCUUGUCCCGGUGCUGCCCCUUGUCCCGGUGCUGCCCCUUGUCCCGGUGCUGCCCCUUAUUCCGGUGCUGGUCCUUAUCCCGGUGCUGCCCCUUGUUCCGGUGCUGCCCCUUGUCCCGGUGCUACCCCUUGUCCCGGUGCUGCCCCUUGUCCCGGUGCUGGCUGUUUAUUUUGGGGAAAGUAGUUUUAGGGUGGUCAGUGGAGGGGGUAGACAGAAGAGGGGAGUGACUAUGGUGGUGUGGGGACAGCGUCCUGAGCCGGAACCACCACCGUGGUCAACUGCCCACCCGGACCCUCCCCUGGACUUUGUGCUGGUGCGCCCGGCGUUCGCACCUUGAGGGGGGGGGUACUGUAACAGUCCUGACCUAUUUAUGUUAGUUUUUAUGUGUUUAUGGUCAGGGCGUUAGUUUUGGGUGGGCAGUCUAUGUUAUCUGUUUCUAUGUUGUUUUUGGUUUGCCUGGUAUGGCUCUUGAUUAGAGGCAGGUGGUUUGCGUUUUCCUCUAAUCAAGAGUCAUAUUUAGGUAAGGCAUUCUCACUGUUUGUUUGUGGGUGAUUGUCUCCUGUGAUGUUUUCGUGUUGUCGAUGUUAUUCACUUUCGGAGCUGUUUGGCUGUUCGUGUGUUUUGAUGUAACGUUCCUGUCCGUAAGUUUACGUUUAGUGAUGUGAGUUUAUGUUCAGGUUUCGUUCUACGUCGUUUUGUUAUUUUGUAAGUUUUGAAAGUGUUUGUUUUCGUGUCAUCGGUUUUCGUUAUAAAAAUAAAGAUGGCAUAUUUCCCUGACUCCGCAUUUUGGUCUGAAGAUCCUUCUCUCCUCACCUCAUCUGAGGAUGAGGAAAGC